GGUGUAGGACAAAGGAAACAUGGAAGGGGAAAAAGGGAGAAGUUGGAAGAGAGCUCAUGAGGAUUUCUUGUCUUUUAGAUUUGCCUGUUUUCACUCCUCUCCUCUCUUUCUUUUAUGUUGUUGAAUAAUUUUCUUUUGCUCUCAUCUUUUUCAUCCUUUCUGCUCUAUAAACAAUGAAUAUGGCAGUUUACCAAUCAUCCUUUCCCCUCCAUAGGAAACACCCAUCAUUGCUCCCAACAAUUUAGAAGCCUGUCCUUCUAAGAUAUUCAUUCUCUUCUUCCCACAAUUCUUGUAUAUAUAUAACCCUCUUUAUCAUCUUUUCUACAUAUAUUACACUUCCUCAACCAACCCUUUUUUAUUCUCUCAAUCUUGUUCAACUUUUCACCUUCAUAUGAUCAAUGGAUCCUUCUUCCACCAACUCUGUCAAUGGCUUCUACUCUUUCUUGACUAGAGGGAUUGAUGAUCUUGAAAGGGUCUUUCUUUCUAGCAACUUCAUGUCAAUACAGUUCCUCCAGAGAGCUCUUUCUCUCCUCAGAUCAUUUCAUUCUCAGUUGAUCCUUCUUGUUCAGAAGCUUCACUUGCCUGGUGGUGAGAAAUGGCUUGAUGAGUACAUGGAUGAAAGUUCCAAGCUUUGGGAAGUUUGUCAUGUACUUAAGUCUGGGAUCACCAAUAUGGAGAAUUAUUACUCCUCUGGCUUCAAUAUCACUUCUUCUUUCGAUAAUCAUCACCUUUUUGCCCCUCAAUUGUCCCGUCAGGUGAUCCGAGCAAUAUCUGGAUGUAAAAGAGAAGCUGUGGGGUUGGCAGAAGAGAACAGAUCACUGAUGGAGACAAGAAUUGAGCCUCUUUCAUUGCGGUUCGAUGAAAGAGUGUCAAUUGAAUCAAAGCUUAAUGGAUUCAGUGGCUUUAGAGGAGUUCUUUUUGCAAUGAGAAAUGUUAGUUCAGUUCUGCUGAUGAUCUUGCUACAUGGGCUAGUUUAUAGCUGGCCUGGAUCGAAUUUUCUCCAAGGGGGAUAUGAUGGUUGUUUGUUUUUCGGAUCAGCUUUCAUGAUCUCUACAGGUAGGCUGCAGCAGAGGGUGGUGGCUGAGAUCAAUCAAAUGAACAGCCGGCCGGGGAUUCUGUUAUACGAGUUUCGGAGAUCAAAGAUGGCCAUGGAUGAGCUGAGGGGAGAAUUGGACAGGAGGUGUGCACAAGGAGUUGUUGUGGACUGGGAAUCUGAAGAUGGGAUGAGAGAAAGAGUUGAGAAUUUCAAGUGUUGUUUUGGGGUUUUGAGAUCAGGAGCUGACAACAUUAUCGGACAGCUUGAUGAUUUCUUUGAUGAAAUUGUUGAAGGAAGAAAGCAGCUUUUAGACUUUUGCAGUCACAGGUAGAGAUGAUCAGAGUUGGACACGUGCUCAGUUCACAAGACUCCCGUCCCUUUAGUACGAAGAAAAAAAUCCAACAUUAUAUCAGUGCCCAUUAGAUGAAUUAGUUUCCUUAAUUAUGUCUAUUAUGCUAUAUUUUUACAUUAUCUUUCGUUCUUCA